GCUUCGAGGAGCAGAACUUCAAUUUGAAUCACGUCUUCUUCCAAGAGGGCGGUGCAGGAGAUGGUUCCAUUUAUUUCAUUCGCAGCGGAGCCGUGGAGCUCCUGUGCCGAGAAGCGGGCACCCACAAGGCGGUCCCAAGGGCGGGGCUGCACCGGAUGUGCCUCCUCCAGGAGGGCGCCUGUUUUGCAUCGUCCUUUACCAAAGUCGAAGAGGAGUUCACAGCAGCUGUGGCCUCCACACCUUGCAAGGUCUAUCGAAUACGCCGGGCGAAGAUGCGGCAUUUGCCGUAUUCAUUUCGACAGAGCUUCGAGUCAUGUGUGGAGAAGGUUAUGAGCAGCCGACUACAUCUUUGCAAAGGUGUCCCGCCAGAGCACCCGCUGGUGACAGCCAUUCUGGAUCCACCGAAGAAGCGAGCGCAGCCGCCGAGCAGCGUGCUGGAGAAGACCUCCCGGCCCCUCCUUGGAAAGAUGCGCAGCCUCAAGGUGCAAAGUUUGCCGGAUCUUCACGGGAAGUCAGCUCCUGGAAGGGCGAAGAAGGAUCGCUUGCAAGCGAGAGCUUUCCUACCGCUGGUCGAGUUGCAUCACCGGGAGACCGACCUUCGACCUGCUGAGGUUAAGACCCGUGGCAUGCUGAAUGCUGGCGACAUGCAUGAGCUCUGGCGAUGUGUGGAAUUGAGCUAUGCCCCGCCUGCUGGAAUGUGGCCGCGAAGAAGACUGGCAUACUGCCUUGCUACACGUCCAGAUUUCCAGGAAGCCAAGUGGCGUCAGGUCGCUCAAACCUGCGCCACUCCCUUCGCACCGAUUCCUCAUGAAAGCGUCGAGCUUGUAACUUUUGUCCUAGACAAAUUUGUUGCGAUGUGA